GAGGCUGCGGGUCUCAGAGGAGCAGAGUCGGUUAACGUGACGCCGGUGAACCGGUCGGUGCUGCGCUUCUCUUCUCCGGGACCGUCGGCUCCUUCGUGUCCGCCUCUUGUGACCCGUCGGCCCGCAGAGCGAUGAGGGAUUGAGCCGCUGGUUCCUCCGCCAUGACUCCGCGCUGCUCCGCCCACCCCCCUCCCCCUCCCCCUCCCCCAGCCCCAUUAUGCCCCUCUUCAAAAACUCCCCGGAGCGCCUGAGAGGCGGUCCGACCCUAGAAGACGCCUGGAUCCUGCGCAGGAUGAGCCUGAACAUCACCCCCUACCACCGCAACCCCUUCGACCAUGACGGCGGCGACCACGGCGAGCGCUGGUCGCCCGGCGGCUCGCUCCUGGACGGCGACGCUCUGCGGGACCGCAACCCCUUCGAGGAUGAGGAGGACGAAAACGAGGCCAACGAGGGGAAGAAGGCCGGCUCAGCGAAGGGCUCCUUCAGGUUCAAGUCGCCGCUGAAGACCCUCGGCAAGCUGGGGAGGAACCUGGGGCUGUCGGGGGGGAGGAGCAAAGGGGGCGAGUCGCCCUCGCCGCAGGGCACGCCGUCACCCGCCGAAAAGAAGAAGAGGGGCAGGAGGAGCUCUGAAGGAAGUCUACUGAGAUUUGCGGGGAAAUACCGUGACACGCUCGGCUCCCGUAAGGACUCGAUGGCCAACGGCGAGCCGAGCUGCUCGGAGAGCGAGUGUGACACGGCCAGCCGCCGCCUCGCCUUCAUGAAGAUGGUCGGCCUCGGCAAGGCCAAGAGGGAGUCGGCCAGCGAGCCGCCAGCCGGGGGCCCCGAGGAGCGGGAGGGCGUGGUGGAGGAGGAGGAGGAGGAGCCGAAGCCCCGGGAACCGCUGUCAGUCCUGGAAAUCCUGCAGCUGGUGAAGAAGCGAGACCUCCUGUUGGCCGACACUCACAUCCUGGAGCUGGAGGAGGAGUGCAACGAGUCCUCCUCGGCCGAGCGCGCCACCUCGCCAGCGCCGGAGGACGCCGCCGCGGCAGGCAUGAAGGACGGCAGGCGGCGGAAGGCCAAAGACGUGGAGCUGCUGUACGAGGAGCUGCAGAAGGAGCUCUGGGCCGUCGUCAGGGAGUCCCUGCGCCUCCCGACCGCCGGGCCCAACCUGGGCCUGGUGGUGCAGGUGCUCCAGCAGGAGGAGCAGGUGGACAAAGACCGGGCCCCUGCAGGCCCCAGGCCACGCCGUCUGCGGCAGCGCUGGAAGGAGGCGGUGGAGGAGGCGGCCAACGGCUCCCUGCCCCAGAAGGCCGAGUUCACCGCCGGGGAGCUUGUGGGUUACUUGGACCGCCUCCGGGUCCGUGUGGUGGAGGACCUGGGCGCCGCCAAGAGGAACGUGGUCUCCAUCUACCCCGACGAGUACCAGCCCUUCCAGGUGUACGUGCAGAGCUACCACCAGGCGGUUGCUAGGCGACUGGAGGCCAUCACCGAGAAGACCCUUGAGAUCAGCGACAUCUACUCACUGCUGGACUGGCUGCACAACAUCUACGCCAGGGACGUCCUGGGGACCGUGUGCAUCACAAGUCCCUUCAGCAGAUCCCAGCUGAGUCCGCUGCUUCCCUCAGAGACAGUGGACCGACUGGAGCUGGACUGUCUCAACUCAGUCAGGGCUAAAGUCACCACGGAGCUGAGCCAACUGCUGGACGAGGAGGAGAAACGCUGGAUGGAGACGCUGCACAUCGAGGAGUACCAGAUCACUCUGGCCACGACAGUGAUACAGAGGCUUCAGGUGGAUCUCGAGCGUUCGGCCUCCAUCAACCAGAGUUUGGGCUCCCGAGUGGCCCAGUGCAGCCUCAACGGGCUGGCCGACUUCCUCUUCAGUUUCCAGCGUAAAGUGGAGAUGUUUCACGAGGGCAUGCAGAGCGGCAUGUUGGGAGACAACGAGGACGGAUACGUUUCCAGGACCAUCGCGCUGGUCAACUGCUGCCCCCCUUUCAGGGGGUUUGUGCAGCGCUGUGCACAGUGGGAUUCGUCUGUUGCUGAAAAUUCUCUUCAGAGAGGAAACAAAUCUUUGGAUUUCAUCGUUCAUCAUGGAGUCAAAGUGCUGAGUGAACGACUCUACCUACACGUCAGGCCUUCUUUUGAGCGACUGGUGAAGAGAAAGUGGUUGACUAACACAGAGCCGUACGAUCAGAUUGAAUUUCUUAUCAAAGAAUAUUUCAAGAAGUAUCACAGGAUGGACAGUCCUCCGUACCAGCUGCUGGUGGCAGAGGUGCACCACCGUGUGGUGAUGGAGUACCUCCGCUCCGUCAUGAGGGGAAGAAUCAUCUGCACCUCCUUGAAGAUGAGGAAGAGGAUGGCCGGGCGGCUAAGAGACGAAGGCAGACGGAUUAAAGUCCUCUUCAAAGACCUGGAGUCUCCCUCCAGCUGGUUGGACAGCGCUCUGUCUCACAUCUCAGAGAUCAUCCAGCUGGAGGACGUCCCCUCAAUCCAGAUGGAGGUUGGAGUUCUGGUCCGAGAGUUUCCUGACAUCAGGAAGAAGCACGUGUCGGCCAUUUUGAAUAUCCGUGGGACCACCCGGCAGUCAGAGCGCCAGGAGAUCCUCAAUGUGGUCAAAGACAUCGAGAGCAUCGACGGUCCCGGCUCCGGUUCCGGUCCCGGUUCUGGCGCCCUCUCCCGGCUGACCCGGGACCGCGCCCUCUUCUCAGAGGUGCCGGUCACCUCCGAGGUCCACUGCCUGAACCUGGGCCUGAGCCGCGUCGCCCUCACCGCCUCCUCCUGCUUCUCCACCUUCAGGCCGAGGCCGAGGAAAACCAGGGCGCCCGUACAGGGGGACGCCGACGACGUCCUCUGAGCAGCUGUCGGCUCAUUGAUCGGCAUUAUCGAACCAUGAGGUUCUUCUAUCUCACUGUCGCUUCUGGGCUUCCAUACUUAUUAUUUUUGUGUGUUCAGAUGAAAAUUCAUUUAUGCAGAUUCAAACAUCUCAUGUGAUUUGAGGCAAUGAGUCCUGAAGGACUCUGCAGGCUUAGAAAGACCAAAACAGGCGUCGACUCAUGUGAACCAGCCGCUGUGGAUGAGGAGACUCUGGAAAAGAGGGUUUUAAAGCUUUCUUUGUUGCACAUAAUGAAAACGUAUUAAUCAAAGGUACUAUGGUGAUCUGAGAGAGAGUAUUUAAGGCUGUGAUUAUACUUCAGGCUCUGUGGUUUGAUGAGGUUUAAUAUAUAUGUGGGAUAAAUAUGACUUCUGCUUGGUGGUAAACUAAUUAGACUUUUACUUCUUGAUGUUCACAUCAAUGUGGCCUUCAGGGACGCUCCGACGUUUGAGACCUCACUCGCAAAGAACAACAGUCAAAAGGUUUAUGGGAAAAUUUAACUUUUUUAUUUUCUAUUACAAAACUUCUGAAGACGAAAAACACUUCCUGCCAACACUUUCAAAAUAAGAGGCUAUAGGUACAUGUGGCCACUGGAAGACAACAUUCACACUCUUAAGAUGUAAGAUGUUAAGAUGAUAAACUCUUUUAUUCGCUCUCUAAUUAAUGUGGAUGUUUGAAUUUAAUCUUUCUGUAUUGAACUUUAUUGACUUUAAUAAAACCAAUCAGAUCACCGACUGAUCAGCUUUGA